AUGGCAGGCAGAGUAUCUGGCACCGACGAUUCUUUCUACGCAGAAGCCACCGCCGUCACCCGUGGCCCCGUUUGGGCCCCGUAUCAAGUCGUCGGGAAUAUCAACUCGACUGUCUCGACAUGCGCCUGUGCCUGUGGUGAAGAUUACGAGAAUGGAUGCGCUGAUUACCUCUUUCGCAGAAGAACAUACGGCAGGACAAACAUAAGGGACCGACGACAUGACAUUUCGCUGUGUUACUACACGGAGAAACUGGCGCAAGAACAAGAGUGGAUUUGUUUGCGUGUACUGGAAAAGGAACAAUGGUGGCAGGGAACUGAUGAUCAGAAAGGCAAGCGGGCGCUUUAA